AUGGGACCAGAGGCAAGCGAACAGGAGAAUAACAUGGCUUUAGAACUUGGGAUAUUAGAAAUGGUGAAUAUAAUCCCCAUAAUUGCUAAAGCAGACACAAUCUCCAAGAGCGAAUUACAUAAAUUCAAGAUCAAAAUCAUGAGUGAAUUAGUCAGUAAUGGUGUGCAGAUUUACCAGUUCCCAACGGAUGAUGAAACUGUUGCUGAGAUCAAUUCAACAAUGAAUGGUCAUCUUCCAUUUGCAGUUGUUGGCAGCACUGAAGAAAUAAAGAUUGGUAAUAAAAUGGCAAAAGCUCGGCAGUAUCCCUGGGGAGUUGUACAGGUGGAGAAUGAAAGCCACUGUGACUUUGUAAAGCUCCGCGAAAUGUUGAUUCGUGUAAAUAUGGAAGAUCUGAGGGAGCAAACACAUGCACGUCAUUAUGAAUUGUACAGACGCUGUAAACUGGAGGAAAUGGGAUUUAAAGACACGGAUCCAGACAGCAAACCGUUCAGGUACAGAACUGAUUUUAAAGUUGUUGGUGUUUGA